AUGCCGCUUCCUGAUCACUUGAUCGAGUCGGCAUUGGCAUCUUCAGUGUCGAAUAGGAGGGAUCAGAUCGAGGAUUGGGAGACGGUCAGUCCAACUCAGUUUCCGUCGUUGACUUGACCCCACACGGCCGGUCGAAAGGGGUUACUGAUCUUGCUAUUGCACGAGGACCGUCUACAGGGCUAUUCGGACGAGGAUAGUUCGACUGCCGAAGCCGGGACAGGGAUGGAUAACGUAGCGCUCUGGUAGGUCAUCCUUCAUGUCUCUACGCUUCCUUUUUCAUCCCAUCUCGAGCAACUGACCCAUCCUUCUUUCACAACCAUGGUGGGUUAUAGGAACGCCCCUCCUCAACAACAGUACACCCUUCUCUCUUCUCAAGCCACCCACUCCACAUGCCACGCUUCGUCCUCCCGUCUUCCCCCCACUCAAGCGGUGUUUGGUCCCCCACCGCCCAAGAUGAUGAUCCUCAAAAGACCGACCACGAAUGGGGUCCAGCGUAAAGGGGAGGCAGGUGCAGUUGGGAACGGGGAAGGUGCGGCGUCACAGGUCAAGACUUUGAAGCAGAGGGAAUUCGAGUACGAACAAGCGAGGAGGAAAUUGUUCGGCGGUGAGCAAGACCAAGUCGAAUCAUUUCCUUCUUCGACGACAAACUCGAGUAAUCGUUCUUCGAUACCCGACUCGGAAUCCCUAGAUAUAACGCCGAAUCAACUUGGAAACGCUUUGGGAAGUCUUUCCCUCGUUCCGGAUUCCGUUUUCAGAGCUCACGCGAGGAAAGGUUUGGUCGGUGGGGUAACCACAUCAUCGUCGAAUUCGACUUCGGUCGCUGGGUCUAGGGAGGCUUCUCCGAGGCGGACGAACGGAGGGAAGGAGACUCUACCCGGGAACCAGACUCUUGUUGGGGUCGUGCGACACCCUAGAGGACCCAACGCGGAGAGUGGAGGAUUCGGCUUUGUAGCGCCGACCGCUUCGACGAAGGGUUCCGCACGAGGCAGAGGCAGGGGAAGAGGUCGGGGUCGAGGGACAAGACCAUGA